AUGAGCCAGCAACACCCCUGGGGCCCGAGACCAAACCAAAGCACACGUCCCUCGCCCAUCUCGACCGCAAUUGCCCACGACCAGCGCAACUCCAGCACGCCCUCGCCCAGCAGCUCGCGGCCCAGCCAGUCGCCCGCCGCCUCCAACUUCCCCUCGCUGCCGCCCGCGUCCGUCUCGCAGCGCCUAGUCCGCAGCCGCAAGUCGUCGGCCGCCUCGAUAACUUCGUCGCCCUUCCCGCCCGCCGCAGGACAGCAGCUCCCCGCCAGCCAGCUGCUGUCCUCGAGAGGACCCAGGACCAUAGCGCCCCACGCUGCACAGCACCUGGCUUCCUCCGCCGCAGCCGCUACCAACGGCGCCGGUGCACAGUCAAGUAGCGGCGGAGGAGCCUCCAAGCUUGUCCGCGCCUCGCCCUCGCUCUCCACCUCGAGCACCACGGGCUCCCCCAGCACCGCCAGCAACCCGUCCGGCGCGUCCUCGCAGAACCUCUCCCGCAUUGUCAUUGCCCAGAUAUUCCUGCUGCUCAGUCAGUUUGGCCCUGUAAAGGACGACAAAGACCGCGCCAAGUGGGACACGCAAACCGAGCAGAUCAGGAAGCUGGUCGACUCCAACGGCAUGGAGGUCUUCUCGAAAUACUUCCGCCGCGUGCUGCAGAACAAUGCAGCCACAAUCUUCGGCACCGGCGCCCGCAGCGCCGACCCCAACGGCAGCUACCAGAUCCUCCUCACCGAGGUGCACAAGAUACGGAAGGAGCCCGAGCAGGCAGACAAGAUUGCAGAGUCAAUUAGCUCCAGCGAGGGCGAUCUGUUCCGCGACUUCGACCUGUCCGCCUUCAUAGCCCACUUCAAGCUCGACUCUGUCGCAAAGACGAUGCUAGCCCUCGCUUGCAGGAAGACAGAUCUCCGGAGCAAAGCCGAUGCCGUCCUCUCCACCGUCGGCGACGACCUGCUAAUGGCCAUUGCGCAGCCCACCCAGCCAGAGGACAUGAGCCACGAAUACCUCGCCGCCCUCGUUGAACGCCUCCUACAAGACCCGCCACAGGGGUGGGACGAAGAGAAGAAGAUGAGCCUCGCGUACGCCGUCCAGAUGCGAUACCAGCAGACACACCAGCAGAUCCCCGGCAUCGUCGAAUCGAAACUCAUACUCGUCGAGCUCACGGACGGCUCGCGGAACCCGCUCGUCAAGCUUGUACGACAGGCAGGUCCGCAAGGCACAGCUACGGUGGAGGCAUGCAAAGAGGUGCUCGCGUCGGCCGAGACGCGCGACAUUAGCUACCAACAAGUUGCGGCGGUGCUCCUUUACCUCGCCCUCUCCACCGGAUACAAUGCCAAGAACUUCGUAGCCGCACUACGCGAACACCGGACCGGACAGAGAAUAGACUGGCAGGACGUUGUUUUGGCAUUCGACCGCGAUCACCUGCGCAUCGAGCGCCACCAGUUUCUGGCCAUCUACAACGCGCUGCUCCCCGUCGCCCAGGACAACGAGAAGUUCGACAUACAGGCACUGUGGGGAGGACAAUGGCAGCACGACUUGACGCAGCUGUACUUUGUAGUCGCUUUCCUGUCUUCUACACGGCAAGAGCUGGACGUGACCCAGAUUCCCAGAUUGCGCACUUCGUACUCGAUGAAGACGUUCGAGAACGCCUCCGACGACGCCAAGUCAUUCGCAGAAGAAGCCGUCAAGCAUCCUUUCGUUUCGCUCGACGCGACCGCCGCGCUAUUCAACAUGAUCUUCCAGACGUCCGAGACAUAUCACACCGCACAGCUCAUGGGCAUACCCGACUUGGUGAUUAAUCCACACACAGCGGAGUUCCUGGUAGCGGCAGCGGCAGUACCGAAACCCUGGGGUGCCUUGCAGGAACAAGCACUGAAACAGCUGUUUGAUCCUUACUUCCAGAAGAAGCUGCCCAUAUACAACUUUGUCCUCUAUGGUCUUUGGAAGCAGGAUUUCCAAUGGCUUACAGAUCGCUUUGUUGAUGCGUACAACGCCGAUUCGAUGACCCUCACCCUGGUGCUCGAGCACGCUGAGACGAACAACUGGUUAGAGCAACUGAUUCGCAGUAAUACUGACAUCAGCUUGGACCUGGCUGCACAAGCUCAUGCGCGCGGCAAGUUUGAUCUCCAGCCAUGGCUGGAACAGACCUUCGACCAGGCAGGACCUCUAUUCCGUCGCAUCCUGACUAACUUUCUGAGUGCGCGGGCUGCGGAAGAGAUGCAACGAGCACGAGACGACCAUCUACCUCUCAAUCUGCCACUCGCAGUGAAGACAGUAUACCCGUUGCUUGGAUUCCUCUCAGACUGUGGUCUACCCGAGCCCGAGCUGCUGCCCCUCCAAAGGAACUGCAUCCAGGCGUACCCGCGAUUAAUCAACUAUGGCGAAGGCGUGGAUGACAUCAUCGAUGCCAACGGGCAGAAUGGAAACUCGCUUCCCGACGAUGCCGACAAGAAGAUGCAGGAGCACUUCAAGAACAUGUACAGCGGCGAUAGCGACGUCAGAGACAUCAUCUCAGCACUCAAGAAGUACAAAGAAUCGCGCGACCCCGCAGACCAGGAACUGUUCGCGUGCAUGAUUCAUGGCCUUUUCGACGAGUACAACUGCUUCGGGGAAUAUCCUCUAGAGGCCUUAGCCACGACUGCUGUGCUUUUCGGGGGUAUCAUCAACUUCAACCUCUUGUCCCGAAUUGCACUUCAGGUUGGAUUGGCUAUGGUUCUAGAAGCUGUUCAGGAGUACAGACCCGAAGACAGUAUGUACAAGUUUGGUCUCCAAGCUCUGAUUCAUUUCUCGAACCGACUUUCUGAGUGGCCCAAUUACUGCGAUCAGCUUCUCAUUGUCCCUGGGCUCCAAGGAACUGAGAUUUUUAUUAAAGCUGAAGAAGUCGUAGGUCAGCAGCUCGGUGAAGUGAACGGUGACGGUCACAACGGCAUAGGCAUGACGAACGGUAACGGUAUCGAUGAAGCUCUGCACCAGGAGCCGGCUGUACCCAAGUUCUCCUGCCUCUACGUCGACCCACCUCUCCGCCCUGAGCUCUACGAGGACCCAGAUGAGGACGUGCAGGACAAGGUUUUGUUCGUAUUGAACAACGUUUCCGAGCGUAAUCUGCGCGAUAAGAUCAACGACCUCACUGAAGCCGUCGAAGAAAGGCAUCACCAAUGGUUCGCAAACUAUCUCGUCGAGGAGCGUGCUAAGAUGCAACCCAACUUCCAGCAGCUGUACCUCGAUAUGCUAGAUCUCUUCAACGACAAAACCCUCUGGGCCGAGGUGCUCCGUGAGACGUACUCAAGCGUCAUUCGCAUGCUCAAUACCGACUCCACGCUGGGCUCCACAGAGCGUGGCCAUCUCAAGAAUUUAGGCUCUUGGCUUGGCUCAUUGACAAUCGCCCGCGACCAGCCGAUCAAGUUCCGUAACAUUUCGUUCAAGGAUCUGUUGCAUGAGGGCUACGACACCGAUCGUCUUCUGCUUGUGAUUCCCUUUACCUGCAAGGUACUUGUACAGGCCCAAAAGUCUACAAUCUUCAAGCCCCCAAACCCUUGGCUCAUGGAAAUGCUGGGAGUUCUCAUGGAACUCUACCACUUCGCCGAUCUGAAACUCAAUCAGAAAUUCGAGAUCGAAGUUCUCUGCAAAGGCUUGGAACUGGAUCACAAAAACAUUGAUCCUACAAACAGUAUCCGAGGCCGACCACCCGCGGAUGAGGAAUUCCUGGGAUCCAUGGUUACUGAUGGAAUGGAAGCGUUUGGCGAUCUUUCCAUCAUGAGCCUGAACCGUGGCACCCGAGGCCCCAACGAGCGCUUCUCGUCAGCGGCUAUCACCGCGGCUCUGCCCGACUUCACGAACCAGCUCCAAUACCCACCUUCUGGAAACAGUGCGGUCCCUCCAGCGGCACUGAAGAAGAUCUUCCUCACUGCUGUCAACCAAGCCAUCCAGGAGAUUAUCGCACCUGUAGUAGAGCGCUCCGUUACUAUCGCAGCCAUUUCGACAUCGCAGUUGAUCAACAAAGACUUUGCCAUGGAACCAGAUGAGGAGAAGCUACGCAACGCGGCACACACUGUUGUAAAGGCUCUCUCCGGUGCUUUGGCUCUUGUUACCUGCAAAGAGCCAUUGCGCAUGAGCAUUCAGAACAACAUCCGCGUCACCGCUCGAGACCUCCCCGAUCAAGCUCUUCCAGAGGGACACAUCCUCAUGUUUGUCAACGACAACCUCGAUCUAGUCUGCAACACGGUCGAGCAAGCUGCUGAGAUGUCGUCUCUCGCAGAGAUUGACAUGCAGAUUGAGGAUGCCGUCCGCGUCCGUCGCAUGUUCCGCAGCUCUCGUCCAAAUGAGCCUUUCAAGGAUGCGAAUAUCAGCCCAUGGGCAUUCUACAUCCCUGAACCGUACAAGCAGAUGCCUGGUGGUCUAAAUCGCGAACAAUUGGCCAUCUACGAGGAGUUUGGUAGACAGUCACGUGGUGCUAGUCACGUUAACAACGCCUCGCAAGACGGUGGGCGUCAGCUCCCAGACGUUCUCCAAGAUCAAUUUGCGGCGGUACCCAACCUCCCAACUCCGGGUGCUGCGCCGGCAGAGCCGCGUCAACCAACACAGCAACCCCGCCUACAGAGUCUUCAGACACCCCAUGCACCCUUGGCGCAACAACAACCCAACGGCUAUAUGGAAGCUCCAGGUCUAGAGCGCGGCCAGCGAGGUGUUGAGGAUCUACUCCUUGAGCUCACUCGCGUCAUCAAGGAGGCACCAGAGGAGCGCAUCAGCGAACUUCAGCCUGGUAACAGCACUGUUCACCAAGUCUUCGAUCAGCUCAUCACAAGCGUUGAGUACGCGGGACCCAACAAAGAGACGUGGGCUUUCCGCAUUGCAGGCCAGGUCACGAACCACCUCUUCUCCGACUCUUUGAGUCGUUUGGAGGUUGAAGUCAUGGCGCAUCUACUGAGCCAUCUCUGCCAAUUGUCCGUCCAGACUUCGCGGCAGGUACUCAUGUGGUUGGCGACUCUGCACGAUGAUGACAGGAUUUUCAAGUCCACGGUCAUGAUCGCUCUCAUGGAGGUCAGCCUGAUGGACAUGCACCGUCUUAACACAACUAUCGCCAAAGCCAUUCAAGAACGACGCGUCGCCGCAGUAGAGAUGUUGUCCAGUUUGAUGGAGGAGCUCCUACUCAACGAUCACCCGAGUGCGUUCCGUGCCGACUUCGCCAUGUCAAUCGACGCUCUUACUACCUGGCUAGCAGAGGACCCAUCCUUUGAGCUUGGAAAACGCGUCAUCGCCAACCUGCAGGCAUCCUCCAACGAGUCAAUGCUUACACCGCCGCCGUCUGGGCACAAGGAUCAGCUUGAGUAUGUGUUCGACGAGUGGGUACAUCUCCAGAUGGAACCCAUGCCUAAGAAGACAGUCGGCGCUUUCAUCUACCAGCUCCAUCAACAGAAAGUGAUGGAGACUCAAGAGUCCUCAGUUGCUUUCAUCCGCACCUGCAUUGACUCUUCAGUGACGGCAUACGAACAAGAACACUCAGUGCCGUACGGUAACGGUAACGAAGACAUUGCGACAGUCAAGAUCGAUGCGCUUGGCCGGCUGGUCGUCGAUCUCGUCGUCUACCAGGGCGAGCAAGACGGAGCUGUCAAAGAAAGCAAGGCUAGGUACCUGGAUCAGAUACUCGUCGUGGUAGUGCUCGUUCUCUGCAACCACCACAGCACACGAGGCGAUGCCUUUAACCAGAAGGUCUUCUUCCGCCUAUUCUCUGCCAUCCUUUUCCAUCUGAACGAUGCGGUAAAGGAAGAGGCUCUAGCAGACCAGAAGGCCGAUGUCUUCCUUGCAGUCGCUAGGGCUCUAUUGGUCAUCCAACCCUCGCACAUCCAACGAUUUACGUUCUCUUGGCUGGCACUAGUUGCUCAUCGCAUCUUCGUGCCUGCCAUGCUGGAAGAGGGCCAAGGAGACAAGCGAUGGGACGUCUACGCUCAGCUUGUGGAAACACUCUUGAUCUUCACCGGGAAGCUCAUCAAGCCAACUGGAGAAACUGUCAUGGCUGAACAGUUCUACCGCGGUGUUUUGCGGGUUCUACUGGUGAUCCACCAUGAUUUCCCCGAGUUCCUAGUCGAGAAUCACUUCCGAUUCUGCAACAGCAUCCCUAUGCACUGCACGCAACUGCGCAAUCUCAUCGUCAGUGCCUACCCUUCCACGAUCCUUGAGAUGCCAGACCCAUUUACGGCUGGGCUCAAGGCCGACCGACUGGAGCACGACCUUCAAGCACCGGUCAUCCGUGCCGACAUCGCGCAGGUACUCUCCGAUGCGGGGAUCAAGGGUGCUGUAGACAACCUCCUCAAGGGCUCAGACCUAAAGAACCAGGACGUCGAUAAAGUGUGUCAAGCUGUUUACUACGCAGAGGCUCAGUCGCCAGCUUUCGAGCUCGUUUCAACUACCGCAAACCCAACGUUGAUACAUGCAAUCACCCUGUACAUCGGUAUCUCGUCUCUAGGCACCGGCCCAGCCAGCGUACCGAUCUUUGACGCGGAGAGCCCAGCCACCAAGGUCAUCGAGAGGCUCGUCAAGGACUUCCACCCUGAAGCCAGGUUCCACUUCAUUAGCGCCAUCGCGAACCAGCUCCGCUUCCCAAACACGCAUACUCACUUCUACAGCUACACGCUGCUACACCUUUUCGGACCCCCGAACGACGAUUCGUUGGCGUUAGAGAUCCAAGAGACGAUCACCCGAGUGUUGUUGGAGCGCCUGCUGGUCCAUCGCCCUCACCCAUGGGGACUCAUCAUUACGUUGUUGGAAAUCCUCAAGAAUCCAACAUACACAUUCUGGGACUUGCCGUUUGUCAAAGCGGCUCCUGAAGUUGAGCGACUUCUCAAUGCACUCUUCACGCAUGCACAGUCGAGCCCACGACCGCUAGCUUAG